GGGAACAUGGCAGUCGGCGUCAGUGUUCAGCAUGGAUUGUUUAGCAGAAAAACGUCGCUAAUUUACAGUAUUCCCAGAAAGAUAGCACUAAACGGGGUUUGUUUUCAAAGACUGGCUGAAAUACAAAGUGUGAGAGCGUCAACAAACACAGCAGGGGAGAAUCAGCACAGUGAGAAAUACUGCCUGAACCUGGUCAGAUCCAGAGACUAUGAGGGCUUCUUGUCGUGUCUCCUCCUCCCCGAGGAGGCGCGGCGCUCCUCUCUGGCUCUGAGAGCCUUUAAUGUGGAGCUGGCACAGGUGAAGGACUCCAUUUCCCAGAAGACCAUUGGUCUGAUGCGAAUGCAGUUCUGGAAGACGGCCAUAGAGGAGAUCUACAGAGAUGACCCUCCGAACCAGCCAGUCAGUGCUGAGCUGUGGAAGGCCGUGAAGACACAUGGUCUUACAAAAAGAUGGCUGAUGAGAAUUGUUACAGAGAGGGAAAAGGAUCUGGAUGACAGAGCCUACAGGAACCUACAGGAGCUUGAGAAGUAUUCAGAGAACACACAGUCUUCACUAUUAUACCUGCUGCUGGAGUGUUUAGGAGUGAAAAAUGUCCAUGCAGAUCAUGCAGCAAGUCACAUAGGAAAAGCUCAGGGAAUCGCCACGUGUCUCAGAGCCACUCCUUACAACAGCAGCCGAAGGAAAGUCUACCUGCCCAUGGAUAUAUGCAUGCUGCACGGCGCGUCUCAGGAGGAUUUCAUCCGUGGCAGCCGGGAGAAGAACGUUCGAGAUGUCGUGUUCGACAUCGCGAGCCAGGCUCACGUGCACCUUGAACAUGCUCGAUCGUUUAGCCAGAAUGUUCCAGCAGCAGCAACCCCGGCCUUCCUUCCCACUGUCGUGUUAGAGGACUAUCUGCAGAGAGUCAGGAAAGCUGAUUUUGAUGUUUUCCACAAGAGCCUGCUGAACAGAAACCCUCUGCUGCCCUUCCAGCUGUACCUCCGUUCCUGGAAGAAGACUUACUGAUUCCAGCUCCCACCUCUCCCAAUUCAACCAGUUUGACUCUAACUGUGGGACUGGCAAGCAGAGACUUUAUUUACUGAGAUUCUGCUCUCAGAAUGCUACACAGCAUGUUAAUAAAGACACUCAGACUUUGUGAAAUAUGAGCACUGGCACUGACAUCCUCACGCUCAGAGAAACUACAAAUCCCAGCUGGCUGGUUUUCACUCCCAUCAGCUUUGUAUCUGGAGUUUUUUUUCUUAGAAAACAGAUGGAGGAAAGAUUCAGAGCUCCAACAGACACACGCUGGGCUUUAGAGAGCAAAUGCUGCAGUAAUUAAUUGCUUUUUAUUCUCAACUGCCCUCUAUGUGACCUGAUAGUCCAUCAUCUCUAUUGAUUUAAAAUUUUAAGAUUUGAUUGGAUUUAUAUUCCUGGAAAAUUGGCGCCACUUACAGUUUAUCUUGUUAACUAUUGAUCCAAAGAAACCCAACAAUAUGGAUUUAUUUUACUUUCACAUAUCAAAGAAAUUAUUUAUUUAUGUAGCAACCUGGAGAAAAAUUAGCAGUUUUAGUUAAAACCACUGGUUUUUAUUAAAAACCAAUGGUUUGAUGUUUUUUCCAGCUGUCAAGCGUUUCAUCUCAGUCUCAUUAUUUUUCUUAAAAUUAAUAAUUUCUUCCAGUUCUCAACAAAUUAUGAGAAAAAGUUACUAAAAAUGUUAAUUGUAAAGUUUUGAAAUUUGGGUUGUUUUUGAUCUUCUGAUAAAGAUUGUUUAUCUGUUGUUGCAAUACUCAGAGCAUAAAAAAUAAGAGCCUCUUUUCCUUUUGGGAAAACUAGUAAACAUCUGUUUCCCUACAUCCUUAACAGACUGCAGCUUUUACAUGAGACGCUGCUCCUAAUCUAAUCAUACUCCUCAGUCUUAAAACUUGUUAGUUUUCACCAUCAUGAAGAGUUUUUCUAACUGUAAAUCACUCCCUAACAUAUUUAAGAUGAAUCUCUGCAAAUCCUUCCAGGCUGCAAUUGCAAAAGACAAAAUAACCCAAAUGCUCUGAUGCCAUUUUCCUCCCAGAUUUUGAAGAUCCUGCACAAAGGAGCAACACUCAAUCGAGAGAACAGAAUCUCAGGAUAAUAAGGAAAAUUAUGAGGGCAGGGAGCAUCAAAUACAAACCAUUUUAUCAAUGAACAAUACAAAUUACCGCAGUGGAGAGCAGUCUGCGGUGGCCAACUGCACAAACACACUCAGACUUGUCUCACUGUGUUUUGCUGUUACAAUCAGAUAAAUUGUGGGUUCUGCAGAUGCUGUCAACCCAGAGGUGCUGUAACUAGAAAUAGAAAAAACAACUAGUUUAUUACUUUCAACCUGACAAAACCGUAAAGGAAAUGAAAUCACUUCUUUUCUGUCUGUAUGAUUAAAAAUCAGCAGUAUAUUUGAAUAAAUUAUUGAUUAAAGCUCUGAUUUAUUAGAUUGUUUUUAAAGUCUUAUUUUUAAUCUUUCAGUUUACAGACUUCUGCCCUUAAUAUAACAUAAAUUGUUACAUUGAGUAUCAUAACAUUCCUAUCUGUUUUAUGGGGAUGUUGUCUGAUAGAAAGUUACGUACAACUGUGAAGUAGAAGGAAAAAACUUGUUUUUCAAAAAAACUUUGCAAUUAAACAUCUGAAAAGUGUGGGAUAUAUAGUGAUAUUCCACCACUUUUACUCCGAUAUCCUUAAAGGAAAGUUACCUGUGUGAUUCAGGUGCACUGAUGCAGAGACACAUCUAAAAGUUGAAGGAGGGUUGCAGUUUCAAAGUUUGAGAGCAAAACAUUUUCAUGUUUUACCAUGUCCCAGUCAAAUAACAGAUCCAGGACAUCCAUUUUAAAGUCUGUGGGAAAAUUGAAGGUGAUGUUUAUCCAAAUUUCUUUAUCUAAUCUGACUUGGUUUUAGUUGUUUUGCAAAGCUGGAUAGAUAUACUAAUAAAUACAAGUCAGAUAACUAGCCAGCUAAGUAAAUCUUAGUUUAUUUAGCUAACUAGAAUUAGCUAACUAAUAUUUAUCUUCAUACUAAACAUUUAGCUUGCUAACUAAGCCUUUUAUUUAUAAAUGCAACUUCUAUAAAUGACUAAAGAACAUAAUAAAAAUAUGAUUUUGAAAAAUUAA